AUGAGGGAAAUUGUCCAUAUUCAGGCCGGCCAAUGUGGCAAUCAAAUUGGAAGCAAGGUAAGGGAUAGUGGAAAAUUUUUUUUUUCGAAAAAAAUAAUUUUAUUUCAAUUUCAAAAAAUGGGAUUUUUUGAGAUUCAAAAUAAUAAAAAAAUUUUAGAAAAAUAUUUUUUAGUCAAACUACAGUGCGCGACAAAAUUAUAACCGCACUUUAGAAAUUGCUGUAACUUUUUUGUUUGUCAAUAGAAAUGUGUCAUAUUUUGCUCCAAUAUGCACUAGUGUCUCACGAUUCAUGUGCCAAAAAAUUAUUCCGGGAAAUUUCCCCAAUUUGGAAAAAAAAUUGAAAAAACCAAAAUUUUGAUGAUUUUCUAUGCGACAAAAUUAUAACCGCACUUACGAAUUUGGUGAAUUAGCCUAAUUAAAUCAACGAAUAACAAUAACUAAUGUUUGGUUACGUUGCCUGAGGCUUCAAUAACGUCGAUCGAAUAGCCGGGAAUAUUCUGGGCAAAGUUUUUUUAGCCUCUUCUGGCCAAUAUUGUGCCAGAAUCGGAAAAGUGCCUAUUUUAGCUCAGGUAGGCCAUUCGGACAGAGUUUGCCAGCAACUAACUGAGUAACCCAGAAUCCUAUAACACAUCUAAACGUUCUGGGAAAAAGGUGCGCCACUGCAGCAGAGCAAGGGCUGAUAUAUCCGCCGAGUUUCCAACUCCAAUAUCCCUUGUUCUCAUAUAAGCUAAGAAAUAGGCCUCAAUUGUAGCAGUAAAGCUAUGCUGGAGGUUGUAAGACACAGCUACGUCAUCACUGGGCGUCGUAUGAAGUUGUGGCCUCAGCUGGCCGGGUCCACGGCAGAGCGCGGCCGAGAUUUGCCAAGGUGACAUUGGCAAAAUAGGUUGAAUAGUUAAAGGUUAGUUUAACAUCAUUACAGUGCCGAAAUACUUGAAGAUUUUAUGGCCAAAUGAUGUACCUGACCGCUUCACACAUGACCCACAUUACAGACGUGAAAUCAGAAGAGAAACGCAUUAUUUCCCGCGCCGUAACGUUUUAGGUGGCUUGCUGAUAAUCUUUCGGCGCAUUCGAAGAACCGAAGUGCUUCCGUUGGAGGCCACAUCAACUCAAAUAAGUAUCCUUGAGUACUAGGGAGUCUGAGGCAAGCAUCGGGUAACGUAUUGGCAACCAGACUACACGUAAAUGCAGGGCAGGGCUCGCGUAUACCUUAGCUGGUCGACAAAGCUGUUUCUUAAACGACAAGGAAUUGCUAUCCCGGACGAGCCCAUGCGUUCCUUGGAUUCAAAUCCGACAGAGUACAUGUGGGGCUUCCUGGUUUGUUAACUACACCGCGAUAACAAGCAUUAUGCUACAGUAACUGAGCUAAAAUAGGCACUUUUCCGAUUCUGGCACAAUAUUGGCCAGAAGAGGCUAAAAAACUUUGCCCAGAAUAUUCCCGGCUAUUCAAUCGACGUUAUUGAAGCCUUAGGCAACGUAACUAAACAUUAGUUAUUGUUAUUCAUUGAUUUAAUUAGGCUAAUUCACCAAAUUCGUAAGUGCGGUUAUAAUUUUGUCGCAUAGAAAAUCAUCAAAAUUUUGGUUUUUUCAAUUUUUUUUCAAAUUGGGGAAAUUUCCCGAAAUAAUUUUUUGGCACAUGAUUCGUGAGACACUAGUGCAUAUUGGAGCCAAAUAUGGCACAUUUCUAUUGACAACCAAAAAAGUUACAGCAAUUCCUAAAGUGCGGUUAUAAUUUUGUCGCGCACUGUAUACAAAACCGCGUAUUUUACAUUUUUUUAAUGUUUCUUUUUUCAAAAAAUUGAAUAAAAAAUAAUAAAAAAUUUAUAUUUUGUUAUUGAAAAAAUAAUUACUUUUCAUACCGGAAAAAGAUUUUUGAGUUUUUAGUUAAAAAAAAUUCUCUGUUACAAUUUUCUACGUUAUUUUUGUUUUAAUUUGAGCAAAAGACCAAAAAAAGUUUUUUUGCGUAUUGAUCUCUUUGAUUUUUUUAAAAAUAAUGUUAUAAAAAGAAAUAUUUUGCGAUUUUUGCAAUUAUUUCCCGUAUUCCUUACAUUUUUUUUUCAAUUUUUUUAGUACUAAUUUCAAAAUUCUAAGUUUUCAAUAAAUCAUUAGAAUAAAUUAAUGUUGACUUUCCGUAUUUUACAUUACAAAAAAAAGAUUUUUUGAAAUAUUUCUUUACUUUUUUAAAAAAAAAAUAUAAAAAAAAAAUUUUUACAAUUUUUUCGAUAUUCUCCAUUAAAUUUUUUUUUUCUAAAUUUUUACGAUUUUCUAAAUUCAUAUUUAAUAAAUCAUUUUUAAAUUAAAAGACUCAGGGAAUUGUUCGUGCUUUACCUUUCAAAAAAUCCUUUUUUUUUCAGUUCUGGGAGGUGAUCUCCGACGAGCAUGGGAUCAAUCCUGAAGGUGUCUACGAAGGAGAUUCGGACCUUCAACUUGAGAGAAUUGGAGUUUAUUAUAACGAGGCGUCCGAGAAGAAGUAUGUGCCUCGGGCGGUGUUGGUCGACCUGGAGCCGGGAACAAUGGACUCCGUGAGGUCUGGGCCGUAUGGAGCGUUGUUCCGGCCGGACAAUUUUGUGUUUGGUAUGGGAAAAAUUUGCAUAAUUUGAAAAAUUUAGAUAUUUUUUAAUUUUAACAGAUGUUUGAAAGUGAAUCAGUCAAAAAAAUAUAUUUUUCGAAAAUUUGCAUAUUUUUUGAAAAUUCCAAAAAUUUCAAAAAUUUGCAUAUUUUUUGAAAAUUCAAAAAUUUCAAAAAUUUGCAUAAUAAAAUUUCUUUGCAUGACUUUUAAAAAAAUGAAAAAAAAAUUUGCAUAAAAUCCCAAAAAUUUCAAAGAUUUGCAUUAUGAAAAAUUUUUGCAUAAUUUAGUAAAUUUGAAUAUUUAAUUUUUUCUGCAAAUUUAGGCGAUUUUUGAAAAUGAAUCGGCCCCAAAAAAUUCUUUUAGUGUUUUUAAAAAUAAGCAUAUUUUUUCAAAAUUUGAAAAAUAAUCGAAAAAACUUGCAUAAUUUAAAAAAAUUUGAAUAAUUUUAGAAAAAUCGAACUAAUUUACAAAAAAAUUGCAAUAAAUAAACGUAUUUUACAAUCUCCAUUUCAGGUCAAAGUGGAGCUGGCAACAACUGGGCCAAAGGCCAUUAUACUGAAGGAGCCGAAUUGGUAGACAGUGUUAUGGAUGUGGUCCGAAAAGAAGCCGAACAUUGCGAUUGUUUGCAGGUAUGGAAAACUGUACAGUGGACCUGAUCCAGUGGCCAAAAACGUACCAUUAUGAAGCCAGGAAGUAUCAAAAAUGUGGCAAAAUACCUCCCUUGCCAACUUGAAAUUUUUGAUGACAAAAAAAAAUUUUUUUUGAUAUCACAAUUUUUUUAUGGUAAAAUACGUUGCAAAAAAAUCACUGACUUAACGUCGGUUUAUUCUAACAAAAAUUACAGUAUUUACUGCCGCAAAAACUCAAAAAAUUAAACUUGCAGGGCUUCCAACUGACCCAUUCGCUCGGCGGAGGCACUGGCUCCGGAAUGGGCACGCUCCUCAUUUCUAAAAUACGCGAAGAAUUCCCCGAUCGAAUCAUGAACACCUAUUCCGUCGUCCCGUCCCCGAAAGUGUCGGACACGGUCGUUGAGCCGUAUAACGCAACUUUAAGCGUCCAUCAACUCGUCGAAAAUACGGAUGAGACGUUUUGCAUCGACAACGAAGCCCUCUACGAUAUUUGUUUCCGAACGUUGAAGCUGUCCACGCCAACCUACGGAGAUUUGAAUCAUCUGGUCAGCGCGACAAUGAGUGGGGUCACAACUUGUCUGAGGUUCCCCGGACAGGUGAGGGAGCAUGACGCGGGCAAAAUUCGAGGGCGACGCGGUUGCAAAAGGCUUCCGAGCGGCGAUUUUCGAUUGCAGUGCGAAAAAAUUGCGACAAAAAAGGAUCAAUGACAGAUAUGUCGGCCAUAAGCAUAACCCCAAAUUUUCAGCUGAACGCCGACCUGAGAAAACUCGCCGUGAACAUGGUGCCCUUCCCGCGGCUCCACUUCUUCAUGCCAGGAUUUGCUCCGUUAACGUCCAAGAGUAAGUUUAAUCCGGGUUGAAAGCUUGCAUACUAGCCCGUUCGCAAAGUCUCUGGAGUAAUUUGCGCGGGGUUUCGUGUGUCAGAUUCCACGGAAGUUGUUGAAGCGGGCACCACCUCAAGACCACCAGCCAAAUCUCUCAAGACUUCGCUAUAAGUCGAGGUAUAUGAGCCCCUGGUUUGCCUGCUAGACUAAUAAUUGACUCUCCCUAAUAACCGACGAGCCACAACUAGAGAAUUCUAGCUGAAAAACUGCGGCACUGCCAAUAGAUUCGCGACUAAGCAUUGUUACAAACCGGGCCAGCCCGGCCCGGUUUGCAGGCCCGGGUUUAAACCUCCAAGCCCGGCCCGGUUCGGCCCGGAAAAUUUUUAUACUAGGUUGGAAAGGAAGAAAGCGGGAAAUGAAAGGCAAAUUUCCGCAAAAUGUGUGUGUGUGGUGUGUAGUGUGUUUUUCGCAAAAAAUUUAGCAAAACCUAGGUACAUAAGGUCACUUUACGUGCGCUAUCAGCAGUGUGUUCGAAAAAAUGAAAAAUUCUGUCGAAAAAGCUUCUUUUUUCCUUUUUUCCGGGCAAAACUCAGAUUUCAAAAAACCGGGCCGGCCCGGGCCGGGCCUAAAAAUCGAAGCCCGGAGCCAUGCCUAUUCGCGACAACUCGAUUCCACUUUGUAUGGACACCACCGGACUGUAUCAAAAGGAACUUCCAACAAAUCACAUUGAUUGGUUUAUUUUACCCAAACGAGUGACCGAAAAGCGGCCGGUCCAUUACAUUUAUAUCAAAAUAUUCGUCGGUUUAUGCUAAUUUUUUGGGAAUUAUUCACGGAAUCGUGACAGUAUAACUGUUUUGCACGUCAAUCCUGCGCAUUUCCUGAACCGUUUCGAAACUUCGUGUCGUUUUCAUUGAUAGACGAAAUGUCGCGAAAUUAUUAUAUCGGCGCUUUUUUUCGCCCGAAAUAAAUUGCUUUUUCACGAAAGGAAGAAGAAAGAUAAGAAAAUGCUUUUUAUCGGAGAGUGACAUUUCGUUUUGAACGAAUCUCCAAAAAGGCGCGGGAAGUUUUUUCUUCUAUUUUGGAUCAACGUGUUUUGGGGUUUCGGUCUGAUCGCAGGUGGAAUCGGACCCACUAUGCAACAACAAGUGAAAUAUGUGGGCUUUUUGGGCAUGCCUCCUGCUCUUUUUUGCGUUGCAAUACGUCAAAAAUAGCUCUAGCGGAUUAACAAACGGGCUACAAUAGCAAAAUGGCAAAACAAAGACAUUGACCUGUGCGCCGUGAAAAAAUCGGCUGGUAGUACUGCCAAAUGCAAUUUUCAGGCAACCAAGGCUACCGUGCCGUGACCGUCGCCGAGCUGACUCAACAAAUGUUCGACGCCAAGAAUAUGAUGGCGGCGUGCGACCCGCGUCAUGGCCGAUAUUUGACGGCGGCCGCUAUCUUCAGAGGACGGAUGAGCAUGAAGGUAAAAUCUCAGCUAUACGGCCAGGGGAUUCAAGCUGCUUUGAACGUUGAGAACGACUUAUACUUUGCUGUUUCAGGAAGUGGAUGAGCAAAUGCUGAACGUGCAAAACAAGAACUCCGCCUAUUUCGUGGACUGGAUCCCGAACAACGUCAAAACGGCGGUUUGCGACAUCCCGCCGCGCGGUCUGAAGAUGAGUGCCACCUUCAUCGGCAACUCGACAUGCAUUCAAGAGCUUUUUUUUCUGAAUUUUGAAACUUAAUUGAACCGUUUUUAAAAUACGCCAAUUAGCCUUUUUUUUUUUAUAAAAUAACGAGCAAAUGUCGCUGCGCCAAUUGCAAAGCGAGAAGCGAUUUGAUUUUGCCGCGACAUAAUUCAUUUUCUCGAUGGCGAUGCGCUUCUCGAUGCGAAAGGGCGUUGAUUAUUUUCCAGACAGACUGAUAUAAGAUCACAGGUUUUGGGAGGCUGCAGACAGUCAGAGAAAUGAAGUUUCCCUAAACGAAAAGCGACGAACGUUUUGAGGGUUUUCCUUGUGUUCCUUCGGUAACCAACUCUAAAUGAUAACUGGUCUCAUCUAACCGCAAUGGAAAAAAAUUAUCAAUUUCAAAAAAGCGUAAACAAAAAUUAGUUCCCGAAGAACAUGGUUUGACCCGAAAAGUCGUAGCCGGAGUUGGACGAUCGCGGAAAAAGACGAUCGGAGAAAAGUUGAAAAUUUGGCCCUUAUGCGUUAAUGGUGUUGUUGUGGUGCCUAAUACUGCGAUUUUCACCUCGUACUAUACAGUUUUUUCCAGCACUCCCGAAGAGCUCCACUCCGCCAAUCCACUAAAUAAUUCAGUCGUUCAAGCCUUGGCCAAGAAAUAUUCAAAAUCUCCGGCGCAGAUCCUCCUUCGUCAAUUGAUUCAGCGGAAAAUUGCGGUGGUCCCGAAAAGCGCCAAUCCACAGAGAAUCAAGGAGAACUUUGAGAUCUUUGACUUUAGUUUGAAAGAUGAAGACAUGGCCGAGCUGGCCAAAUUGAAUCGAAAUCAGAGACUUUAUCUGCAGCCAAUUUUUAUUGGUCAUCCGGAUGACCCAUGGAAAAAUGAGAGGAAGUAA